CUUCCUACGCUACUAAGAUGGCUUUGAGGAUUGCUGCUCUCUUCGCCUUGAUGGCAGUUGUUCUUACUGAGUCUAUUCCUAGAUACAGUCCUCCUGUCCCCUCCUAUAAUGCCCCUGCACCCGCACCUUCGGGACCAGCGCAGUACGACUUCAACUAUGCUGUGCAAGACAACAUCGGAAACGACUUCGGUCACCAAGAAGGACGAAACGGAUACGACACUCAGGGUACCUACUACGUCCAGCUCCCCGACGGUCGUCUCCAGAAGGUCACCUACAAUGUGAACGGCGAUUCUGGCUUCAUUGCUGACGUGGCCUACCAGGGAGAGGCCCAGUACCCUGCUCAAUCCUACCAGCCUGCUCCUGCCCCUUCAUACGGCUAGAUUUACUGUAUACGGUUAACUGCUAUUCCUUCUUAUGUUUAAUAUCAAUAGCU